AUGGCUUCGCACACAGCCAGCAGCCGCCUGAUGGGGAGCUCUCCGGCCUCGUCUUUCAUGGGCAGUUUCCUCACCAGCAGCCUGGGCUCGGCGGCCUCCACGCACCCCAGCGGCCCCACCCCCUCUCCCUCGGAGCAGGCCUACCGCGGCUCCCACCCCGCCACCUCCCAGAUCUGGUUCUCCCACUCCCACGAAGCUCCAGGGUACCCCAGAUUUUCGGGGAGUCUGGCAUCCACCUUCCUACCCAUGAGCCACUUGGAUCACCAUGGAAACAGCAAUGUUCUCUAUGGGCAACAUCGUUUCUAUGGAACCCAAAAAGAUAACUUCUACCUGCGCAACCUGCCCCCUCAGCCCACACUCCUGCCCGCCAACCACAAUUUCCCCAGCGUGGCCCGGGCCGCCCCCAGCCACCCCAUCGGCUCUUGCAGCCGCGACCGGAGCGAGGCCGGCCACCUGCAGAAGGGCAGCAAGGAGUUUGACCGCUUCCUCGUGGGCAAAGAGAAAGCCAGCAAGGCGGCUGAGGGCAAGGAGCGGCCGGCGGCGGAGGAGGACGGUGGCAGGAUGCGGCACAAGCUGGUGCUGCCUCAUCACGCCGCAUCCUACACGGUGCCGUCCGGCCUGCCCGCUGGGCCGCCCCCGCCCCUCAGCACGGCUGCUGGCUCCUUCCCCUGCCUGCAGCUGCGUGGGGGCCCAGACGGGCUCUGUCCCCUGCAGGAAAAAGUCCCCCGGGACCUGAAGGCCAGCGGGCCCACCUUCGUGCCUUCUGUGGGACACCUGGCUGAAAAGAGCCGCCCCUUCCAGGCGGCUGAGGCCUGUGCCGUGGCGGGUGAAGGCAAAGACCGGCACCUGGAGGGGGCUGCAGCACCUGACCACUCUGCGCCCUACGGGGUCUCCUAUGCCCACCUGAAGGCCGAGGGCAAGGGCGAGCGGAGGCCUGGGAGCUUUGAGGUGGCCCUCAAUCCCCGGCUGAAGGGCCUGGAGUACCUGGACAGCGCCGGCCCCGAGGCCUCCUUCCCUGGGCUCCCCAAAGGGGGCCUGGACAAAAGCAGCUACUUUGAGUUGCCUGCUCCCUCGCAGGACUGUGCCCGGCCAAGUCACCAGGACCCGAUGGGCGGGAAGGUCACCCAGGCCUGCUGCACUUUAGACAAGACGGCCAACAAGGAGGCCCUUGGGGGUCCCCCUGGGGCCCAGAAGGUGGCUCGGAUCCGGCAUCAGCAGCACUCGGUAGCCCCCGAGGCGGAGCCGGGAGGCAGCGGGGCUGAGGCCAAGCGCAGGUCUCUGGAGCUGGCAUCCCUGGGCUAUGGCGGGCCGCCCCCGCCCCCGUGGAGCGUCCAGUCCGGCCAGGGUGCCGCCAUGGCCAUCAGUGAGGAGCGCAAGGCCGGCGCCUACCUGGACCCCUUUGGCAGCCCCUUGCAGCAGGCCGCGCUCCUGCCGCAGGACCUGCCCGCCCCGCCCGACGAGGUCUCGGCCAUGAAGAAUCUGCUCAAGUACAGCAACCAAGCGCUGGUAGUCGGCCAGAAGGCCCCCUUCAUGGGCCGUGGGGGCCUGAAGGCCAGCUGUGCCCAGCAGGACGCGAAGCUCCCGGCCUCCAAGGGCCCGGGCCAGGCCCCCGGCGACGUGGAAAGGCCCGACUGUGCCCGAAGCCGGGAGCACGACGCUCCACAUGGUGACGGGGAGGUGCGGCAGCCGCCUGUGGGCAUAGCAGUGGCCUUGGCCCGGCAGAAGGACACGGUGAGCCGGUCGGAGGCGGCCUACGGUGCCAACACGGGGAGGCAGGGCCGGGCAGCCCCUGCCUUCAAAGCUGGCAGUGGGCCCCGCUCCACCCACGCGCUGGACCUGGAGGCCGAAGAGGAAAGGGUGCGCCUGUGCGAGGACCGCCUGGGGCUCGCUGGCCGCGAGCUGCUGCUGCAGGACAACAAAGACCUCGUGGAGUUCGCCCGGAUCCACACAUCGGGCGGCUGCCCGGGAGACCUGGCCCCCCACCUCAUGAUCGCUGGGGGCUCCUCCCUGCAGAGCAGCCAGCUGAGCGGUGACCCGGCCCCCCAUCCCCACCCUGCGCACCCACCCUGGCUGCCGCGCACCCGCAGCCCCUCCCUAUGGAUGGGGGGACAUUCUUAUGGCCUUGGUCACCCCGCCCUGCACCAGAACCUGCCCCCCGGCUUCCCCGCCUCCGUGCCCGGCUCCAUGCCCCCCGUCUUCCCCCUCUCCCAGGAUACCCCCGCACAGCUAGUCAUCCUGCCCUCUGAGCCCACGCCCCACACCACCCCCCAUGCGCUUGCUGACGUCAUGGACCAGGCUUCGCUGUGGCCCCCCAUGUACGGGGGCCGGGGCCCCGCCUCCCACGUGCAGCACCCAGGCCAGCUCCCUGUCUACUCACGGCCCCAGUUCCUGCGGCAGCAGGAGCUCUACGCCCUGCAGCAGCAGCGGGCCGCCCAGUUCCAGCAGAAGCCCGAGGACCACCACCUGGAGCUGGAGGAGCCCGCCCAGGAGAAGGCCUUGAAGUCCACCCACAAGCCAGUUGCCUUAACCCCCACGGCCAAGGGCGCCCCCACGCCCGCCACCGCAGGCCCUGCCAAGCUGUCACCCUGCUGCCACUCUCCCGCCCUGAAGCCCCUCGCCAGCUGCCCUACACCACCGCCGAAUCCCGGCGCCCCGUGCACUUUAUCCGUCUGCCCCACCGGCAGCCCCAGGCCUGGCUCCAAGCUGUCCAGCACCGAGGACAAGAGUGGGGAGGGCCAGCGGCCCAGAGCCGACCUCAGCACAUUGGAGCCAGACCUGCCUCCCGGAUACACGUGCCCCGUGGCCGGCUCGGGCUUCUCCCAGCCCCCCAGUGUGCACUCAUCUGACCUCUCGGACCCCAAAACUAUGCAAACCGCUCCCCCAGGGGCCCAGCCUGAGCUGGCAAGGACGUUGCCACCCGGGGAGCUGCGCCUACACGGCCCUCAGAGCCCAGAGGAGACCGGGCUGCCCUCAGGGGCCAGGGAGGCCACCCAGGACCUUGCCGCCACCCCCCACCCUGCCGAGCGGGGAGCCCCGGGGAAGGCAGAGGGCCCCAGCCCACUGGAGGGGCUGCGAGAACUGCAGUGUGGGUCCCUCCUCGAGGGAGGGGGCCCUGAGGCCACUGGCCAGGCUGAUUUCACUCAGGGAGGGGCCCGAGAGGAGAGGACCACGGAGGAGGGCAGGGAGGAGGGAGAGCAAGGGCCGUCUUUGGGGGCCGGCCCCCAAGCUGUGGAGCAGCAGGGGACCCUGGGUGCCCUGGAUGAGGCCGAGCACGGCAAGCAGCAGGCCCCCAUGGAGGCUGAGGCCAGGGAUGAGGCCCAGUUCGAGGAGGAAGAGCUGGAGGAGGAGGAAGAGGAGGGCUGGGGGCCGACUCCCAACAACAGCCAGCGGCCCAGGGAGCUGCCUGGUCUGGAUGCCCUGGUGGCAGCCACCAUCGACCUGGGGGAUCUGCCCAGCGAAGGCCCACUGGACCCUCAGCCCCCUGCUGUCCCCGGGCCACCCAGCACAGCUCCCCUGCCCCGUAGCUCAGGGAUUUAUGGAAUUGCCCUGCUCAGUGAGCUGGCCGAGCUGGAGAUCCAGCAGCAGAGGACUGAGACCGGCUUGCAAGAGGAGGAGCAUGUGCUGGCCUUCAACCUGCAGCGCCUGGCCACGCUGGCCUCAGCCUGGUCCCUGGUGGAGGCCGCUGGCCUGGACAGCCCUGCUGUCUGCCCCGCCCUCCCCGCUGGCCCCUGCAGGGCUCCCACGCUCACCCCCCGCAUGCAGAUCCUGCAGCGCAAGGACACCUGGAUCCCCAAGACCAAGCCUGUGUGCCCACUGAAGGCAGCCAUCGACCGGCUGGACACGCAGGAGGUGGAGAUGCGAGUGCAGCUGGCGGAGCUGCAGAGGCGCUUCAAGGAGAAGCAGCGGGAGCUGGCCCGGCUGCAGCGCAGGCACGACCGCGAGAGAGAUGACAGCUCUCGGAGCCCUGCCAGGCGUGGGCCCGGCCGGCCACGGAAGCGCAAAUACUCCAGCUUGCUGCCUGCCCUGCGCCCUGGUGAUGGCAAGAGAGUCAAGGCGGUGCGCUCCAGCCUUGGCCUGCUGUGCGCCGAGCUGCGGGGUGCCGCUGACGAGCCCGCGAAGAAGCGAGGCCGGCUGGAGAAGGGCGCCUACGUGGGCCUGCAGCCCGCCUCUGCGGAGAAGGUUCGGAGCAAGAAGAGCAGCGGCCGGGGUGACGUGGCAUCCGUGGUGGCCCACAAGGUGGCCCGGCUGACACCAGAGGGCGAGAGCAAGGCGCUGCCGGCCAGCCUCAGCCCCUUCCGGCGGAAGGAGGCCACCCCUGGGGGGCGCCUCCGGAAGAAGCUGUCUCGAGCCAAGAGCACCAGGGUGUCGGGGGCCGCCCGGCACCCACAGCCCGACGGCAGCAGGGAGACCCCGACGUUCCCGGCCCCGCAGGCAGGGGCCACGGCACAUGACGCAGGCAGCGGCUCUGACAGUGACAACUGUGAGGGUCUGUUGGAGACAGAGGCUCCCCUCAAGGAGCCGGGCCUGGCGCUGCACGCUGGGGCCCGCGUGGCUGUGCUGGGGCCCUCACCUUCCUCCGUGGUCAAGAUGGAGGCCAACCAGAAGGCCAAGAAGAAGAAGGAGAGGCAGGGCUUGCUAGGUGCCUGCCGCCUGUCCAGCCCCGAGAGUGAGGUCAAGGUCAAGCGGCGGACGGUGAAGGGGGACACCCCGCUCGGCUCACCACCCGGGGAGGUUCUCGACGUCCGGCCGCAGUCCAGCCGGUACCUCCCGCCCGGCACGAGGGUCUGCGCCUACUGGAGCCAGAAGUCCCGCUGCCUGUACCCCGGCAACGUGGUGCGAGGCACCUCCAGUGACGAGGAGGAGGACCUGGACUCCGUGGUGGUGGAGUUUGACGAUGGGGACACUGGCCACAUCGCCGUCUCCAACAUCAGGCUGCUGCCUCCAGACUUCAAGAUCCAAUGCACGGAGCCCUCACCAGCCCUGCUGGUGUCCAGCAGCUGCCGGAGGACCAAGAAAGCUUCCUGCGAGGCACCCCCACCCAGUGAGGCCCCCGCCCCAAGCCUGUCUCCCAAGGCCCAUGAUGGCCCCGAAGCCUCGAAGGCCCCUGGCAAGAAAUCCAUCGUCAAAGACAAAGCUGGCAAGGCAGAGCUCCUGCCCCCCGGCGCCAAGCCCCCUGCGGGGGCCUCAGAUGGUGGCAGACCCAGGCUCAAGCGCAAGGAGGCCCUGAGCUUCUCCAAAGCCAAAGAGCUGUCCCGGAGGCAGCGGCUGCCCUCCGUGGAGAACCGGCCAAAGAUCUCAGCCUUCCUGCCCGCCCGGCAGCUCUGGAAGUGGUCAGGGAACCCCACGCAGAGGCGGGGCGUGAAGGGUAAGGCCAGGAAGCUGUUCUACAAGGCCAUCGUCCGCGGCAAGGAGACGCUUCGCGUUGGGGACUGUGCCGUCUUCCUGUCAGCCGGGCGGCCCAACCUGCCCUACAUUGGCCGCAUCGAGAGCAUGUGGGAGUCGUGGGGCAGCAACAUGGUGGUGAAGGUCAAGUGGUUUUACCACCCGGAGGAGACCAAGCUGGGGAAGCGGCAGAGCGACGGGAAGAACGCGCUGUACCAGUCCUGCCAUGAGGACGAGAACGACGUGCAGACCAUCUCUCACAAGUGCCAGGUGGUGGGGCGGGAGCAGUACGAGCAGAUGACGCGCAGCCCCGGGCACCAGGGCCGGAGGGACCUGCUGGAAGCGGGUGUGGAUGGACCCUGCAGAAAGCGGACAGAAGCCCACCACCACGGACAAGCCAGCACCGGGUCAGCCUCUGCCCAGGGACCCAAGAAUUCUGUGGGGACAGCAGGGAAACCAGGCGGCCGCAUCCCAUGGGACGCCCUCCUACGGCCACCAGCGCCUGCGGAAAGCCAAAGCGCUCGCAGGCUGCCCGAGCCGCCGUCCUGGUGCCCGAAGCCCCUGACGCAGCAGGAGGAGCCCCUCUGCAGCGAACGCCCCGCCCGGGGCCACCGAGCCCGGGAGACCCUUACCACUCACAGACGCCACGCCGCUCUCAGCCACGUGACCCUGGCCAAUCAGGCUGCCUUCGCCACGGUGACUGGGUUUGCGGUGGGCACGUGA